AUGAACAAAUUACAGGAGGGGAGCAGUGACUGGUUCUACAGAGCAAGUCUGUCGAGUGGGAGACCAUCUACAUCCCCUACAGGGAGUGUCACACAACAGUCAAGCAUGUCCCAGACAUCUAUCAACCUCUCUACUUCUCCUACACCUGCACAGUUAAUAAGCCGUUCCCAGGCUUCCAGUACUACCAGCAGCAGUAUUACCCAACAGACUAUGUUAUUAGGGAGUACCUCUCCUACCUUAACAGCAAGCCAAGCUCAAAUGUAUCUACGAGCUCAAAUGCUGAUUUUCACACCUGCUACUACUGUGGCUGCUGUACCGUCUGACAUUCCUGUUGUCUCGUCGUCAUCGUCAUCCUCCUGUCAGUCGGCAGCUACUCAGGUUCAGAAUUUAACAUUACGCAGCCAGAAGUUGGGUGUAUUAUCUAGUUCUCAGAAUGGUCCACCAAAAAACAGUAGUCAAGCUCAGUCAUUGACCAUUUGUCAUAAUAAAACGACAGUAACCAGUUCUAAAACCAGUCAACGAGAUGCUUCUCCAGAAAGUCAUAAGAAAGGAGAGAGCCCGAGUUUGGAAUCUCGAAGUACAGCAGUUACACGGACAUCAAGCAUCCACCAAUUAAUAGCCCCAGCUUCAUAUUCUCCAAUUCAGCCUCAUUCUCUAAUAAAACAUCAGCAGAUUCCUCUUCAUUCACCACCUUCCAAGGUGUCCCAUCAUCAGCUGAUACUGCAGCAGCAGCAGCAGCAAGUCCAGCCACUGACCCUUCAGAGCCCAAGCCAAGACCCCCCAGCUUCCCAGCACUGCGUCCCCAUCCAAAGCCAUGGUCUUCCCGUGGCACCAAGCAGCUCCCAGGCCCCUCACUGCUCGCCCCUCCAGAGCCACCCACCGCCUCUCACGGCCUCUCCCCCCCAGGCCCAGGCGGCACAGCAGUCGGUCGUGGUGUCCCCCCCGCCACCCCACUCUCCCAGCCCAUCUCCCGCCAUCAUUCUCCAUCCACAGGCACUCAUUCAGCCCCAUCCUCUGGUGUCCUCAGCCCUGCAGCAGCAGCCCCCGGCUCAGGGCCAGCCGGCCGCCCAGCCUCUGACUCUUCCAUCUCACCUCCCGCUUCCGGCGUCCCCCGUCGUGCACCUGGGGGCUGUCCAGCAGCCCUCCCUGGUGUCUCCGGGGCCGCAGAUGGUGUCUCCUGCCGCGCACCAGCCCUACUCCGCCCUGCAGUCUCCUCCAAUCCCCCUCGCGCCUCCCCCACAGCUGUCCCCAUCUCCUCCGGCCCAGGUCCCGGCGCUGCCCCUGCAGUCUGUGCAGCCCUUACAAGUGCAGCCUGACCUCCUGUCCCAGGGCCAGAUGCUGGUGCAGAACGCUCUGGUGUCUGAAGAGGAGCUCCCCGCCGCCGAGGCCCUGGUCCAGCUGCCCUUCCAGGCGCUGCCCCCGCCCCAGACCGUCGCUGUCAACCUUCAGGUGCAGCCGUCGGUCCCGGGAGAGCCGCCAGUGGUUUACCAAGUAGAGGAUGUGUGUGAGGAAGAAAUGCCAGAAGAAUCAGAUGAAUGUAUCCGUAUGGACAGAACCCCACCACCCCCUACUCUUUCUCCAGCAGCUAUAACUAUAGGCAGAGGAGAGGAUUUGUCUUCUGAACAUCCUUUAUUAGACCAAGUAGAGCUCCCUGCCAUGGCCUCAGUCAGCGCCUCUGUGAUUAAGUCUCCGACAGACCCUCCUCACGCCUCUGUCCCUCCUCCUCCGCUGCUGCUUCCGGCCGCUGCCACGAGGACUAACAGCACAUCUCUGCCCAGCAGUGUGCCCAACGUGGAGAACAAGCCUCCACAGGCUAUUGUUAAGCCACAGAUCCUGACCCAUGUUAUUGAGGGCUUUGUGAUUCAAGAGGGCUUGGAGCCAUUCCCUGUAAGUCGUUCAUCUCUGUUGGUAGAACAGCCUGUGAAAAAAAGGCCCCUUUUGGAUAGCCCAGUCCUGAGCAGCAUAUGUGUCCAAACAGAGCUCCAGAGCACUACAAAGCAUGCUGAUAAUUCGUCAGAUACCGAGAUGGAAGAGAUAGCCCCUGAAGAGGGAUUAGAGGAAAUGGACAGUGAGUUGCUCAAGUGUGAAUUUUGUGGGAAGAUGGGAUAUGCUAAUGAGUUCCUACGUUCAAAACGAUUCUGCACUAUGUCAUGUGCCAAAAGGUACAAUGUUAGCUGUUCCAAGAAGUUUACCCUUAGUCGUUGGAAUCGGAAGCCUGAUAACCAGAGUGUUGGGCAUCGUGGCCGUCGUCCAAGUGGCCCUGACGGGGCUCCACGAGAACAUUUUCCUAGGCAGCUUCCAAUUACUUAUCCAUCUGCAGAAGAAGGCUUGGCUCCUCACGAAGAGCCUGUGCCAACUGCUAUGACCACUCGCCUGCGCAGGCAGAGUGAGCGGGAGAGAGAGCGCGAGCUCCGGGAGGGCCGGCUCCGCAAGAUGCCCGACAGCAGUGACUUGCUCCCAGCGGUGCAGACAGAGCCAUCCAUAUGGACAGUCGAUGAAGUGUGGGCCUUCAUCCACUCUCUGCCUGGUUGUCAAGAUAUUGCCGAUGAAUUCAGAGCACAGGAGAUUGAUGGUCAAGCACUUCUCUUAUUAAAAGAGGACCACCUUAUGAGUGCAAUGAAUAUCAAGCUGGGCCCUGCCUUGAAAAUCUGUGCACGGAUCAAUUCACUGAAAGAAUCCUAACAGGAAUGUACAGGAACCCACCAAAGCUUCCAAUAAGGCAACAUUCCUGAAAAAAAUCUUAUAGCUUGCUGAAGUGCAGAUCCCACUGAAGGAACUGUGAGCUAAAGAAUGGAGCAAAGAAAAGGAGUCCACACAGACAUUCUCUGCUACAGUAUAGAAUAUAUUGGGGAAGACACAUGGAUGUUUUGUCACUAGAAUGAAUCCUUUUAAAGUAAUUUCAUGAUUGAAGUAAGUCCUCUUCAAAUUCCCUUCCUACUUGCUUCUCUUGUACCUGAUUUAGAAGGUUUGCCUCAAAGGAGAGUUUCAGUUUAUAGAAGAACUUGACUGCAGAGACAAUAGAAGUAUAAAAAAAUGGUGUAAUAGGACAUUCAUUCUGAGUUUUCCAGACUUGCUGAACAUGUCUUUGAGAGAGCUAUUUUAUUUUCCAGAGGAUUAUUGUCUAACAGGGAUAGAACACUCUAAUGGAAGUCAGGAGACUUGAUUUCUGUUCUUGACUCCACCUUUGACAUACUCUGAAUGAGAAGAGCCAUUUCUCCCUAGUGUUCUCUAAGCAGAAUGGGGCUAAGAUACUUGCCCUCAACUAAAGAGAUGUUUUGAAAGCACAGGAAAGAUAGCAUGUAGAAUGUGCUUUAAAUUGCUCAGAAAAAAAAAAAAAGCCACCAACUAAAUUCAAGACAGUUAUAUUAGUUACAUAUAGAAAAACUCUGUAUAGAAUUUUUUUACAUUUUAUACAUAGUAGAAAAUGGAAGUUUCCCAUUCUGUUCUGUUAAAAAUAGAGCUGUUGACAGACCAUUGGAACAGCACUCAGAGAACCCUGGGUUUUAUGCAUUUCUCUGUGCCCUGAUGAAGGUGUAACGUUCUUAAGCUUUAUGAACUGGUGUACAAGCUCUGCCAGGCAGGCAGUCAGGGACCAUUGUGGCUGAGGGUUCUCAUUGCCUUUGGGAUGAUGUUUUUAGCAUAGCACCCUGUUGGUUCUGGGAAGAAUGGAACUUAAGUCUUCUUUAGUAGUUGACCAAACAUUUGCUAGGUU